GAAGUGAAUAUUGAAUUUGAAGCGCAUUCCAUCUCAGACAAUGACUAUAAUGGGAUAAAGAAACUGCUACAACAGUUGUUUCUAAAAGCUCCUGUUAACACUGCUGAAUUAACUGAUAUAUUAAUACAACAGAAUCAUAUUGGAAGUAUUAUCAAGCAAGCAGAAGUCCAAGAAGACAGCAGUGACGAUGAUGAUGAUGAUGAAGUCUUUGGUUUUAUAAGCUGCUUAAACUUAACGGAAAGGAAGGGUACACAGUGUGCUGAACAAAUCAAAGAGCUGAUUCUAAGUCGGUGUGAGAAGAGCUGUGAACAGCAUGUAGUUGAACAACUGAAUAAGCUCCUAAAUGACAGUACUAAGCCUGUGGGUCUUCUACUAAGUGAAAGAUUCAUUAAUGUACCACCACAGAUUGCUCUGCCCAUGCACCAGCAGCUUCAGAAAGAGUUGAUGGAGGCACAAAGAACGAACAAACCUUGUGGAAAGUGCCACUACUACCUUCUUAUCAGCAAGACCUUUACAGAAGCCACAAAGAGCAAUUCUAAGAAGAGGGAAGGGAGAAAUCAGCAAAAGGAGGAAUUAAUGUUUGCAAAUGCAGAGGAAGAAUUCUUUUACGAGAAAGCCCUUCUGAAGUUCAACUACUCUGUCCAAGAGGAAAGUGACACCUGUUUGGGCGGCAGAUGGUCCUUUGACGAUGUACCAAUGAAACCUUUGCGGACUGUUAUGAUAGUUCCAGCUGAUGGAAUUAAUGUAAUUAUGGAUAAACUCAAAGACUAUCUCUCACUCUGAACUUCCCUAUGAACACUUUUUUAUAAAGCAGCCAUGCAGAGCUAUGACUUCACAAUAUUUUUAAAAGAUUGCUGUUGAGUUAAUGGUUUUGUACUGCUCACAUGCUUCCUGUGUACACUUAGAAAACAAGUAGGUACAACUGAAAAUAUCCAUCAAAUUAAUAUUUUAAAAUAUUGUGUCUUAUUAUACUUUGGUAUCAUCAUUAAGCAGUCAAUAAAAACUCAGUCUUACAAGAAAA